AUGGCCCGUAGAAGCGUCUUCCCGGCCGCUGCGCUCCACCUCUGGAGCAUCCUCCCUUGCCUACUGGUGCUGCGGGAGGGGGCCGGGCAGCCGCGGGAGGAGAGUCUGUACCUGUGGAUCGAUGCUCACCAGGCGAGAGUGCUCAUAGGAUUUGAAGAGGAUAUCCUGAUUGUUUCAGAGGGGAAAAUGGCCCCCUUUACACACGAUUUCAGAAAAGCACAACAGAGAAUGCCAGCUAUUCCUGUGAAUAUCCAUUCCAUGAAUUUUACAUGGCAAGCUGCAGGCCAGGCGGAAUACUUCUAUGAAUUCCUGUCCUUACGCUCCUUGGAUAAAGGCAUCAUGGCAGAUCCAACAGUCAGUGUACCUCUGCUGGGAACAGUACCACACAAGGCCUCAGUUGUUCAAGUGGGUUUCCCAUGUCUUGGAAAACAAGAUGGUGUGGCAGCUUUUGAAGUGAAUGUGAUUGUAAUGAACUCUGAAGGCAACACCAUCCUCCAAACUCCUCAAAAUGCAAUCUUCUUUAAAACAUGUCAACAAGCUGAAUGCCCAGGAGGAUGUCGGAAUGGAGGCUUUUGUAAUGAAAGACGCAUCUGUGAGUGUCCUGAUGGAUUCUACGGACCUCACUGUGAGAAAGCCCUUUGUACACCACGGUGUAUGAACGGAGGACUUUGUGUUACUCCUGGUUUCUGCAUCUGCCCACCUGGAUUCUAUGGAGUCAAUUGUGAUAAAGCAAACUGUUCAACCACCUGCUUUAAUGGAGGGACUUGUUUCUACCCUGGAAAGUGUAUUUGCCCUCCAGGACUCGAGGGAGAACAGUGUGAAAUAAGCAAAUGUCCACAACCCUGUCGAAAUGGAGGUAAAUGCAUUGGUAAAAGUAAAUGCAAAUGUUCCAAAGGUUACCAAGGAGACCUCUGUUCAAAGCCUGUCUGUGAGCCUGGCUGUGGUGCACAUGGAACCUGCCAAGAACCCAACAAAUGCCAGUGUCUUGAAGGCUGGCAUGGAAGACACUGCAAUAAAAGGUAUGGAGCCAACAUCAUGCAUGCCCUGAGGUCAGCAGGCACCCAGCUCAGGCAGCACACGCCUUCACUUAAAAAGACUGAGGAACAGCAGGAUCCACCUGAAUCCAAUUACAUCUGGUGAACUCCGACAUCUGAAACGUUUUAA